AUGAAGACAAAGCUCCGGGCAGGCAGGAACCAUUUCACCCCUGUUAGCGACCAUGGCUACAAGCAGCCCUUAGUCCUGGAGGAGCCUGUGUCCCCAGAGUCCAGAGCCAAGAACGGACUCUUUUCCCUUGUUGACCUCGGCUGCCCUUUGUCCCUGUACGACGCUGAGACCCUGUUCUACAUAAUUGAGUCUGAGAACUCGGUGCUGAGAUGGGGCUCCCCUGCGCCCCCUGGUGGUGAGGACAAGGGGCGCGCCGCCCUCCCGGAUGGGAGAACACAGCCCGGGGUCAGGCCAAGUUCCCUGAUCCGACAUCACUGCGCAGAGGCCUCCCUGGUGAGGCCUAAGAAACAGGACAGUGAUUGUGCCAACAUCUUGGCUGAUGGGAAGGCACCACUUGACAUCACUGAACUCAAGCACCAAGACAUCAGAACCUUCUGGAAUCUUAAUAUGCAAGGAAUCGGUGGAGAAGGCACUGAAGAAGAGUCGUCCUUAGGCCAGGCUGGAGGGAAACUCAAGAUGGCGGCCUGGCCCUGGAUGGCGGAAGUGGGAGCAGCAGGGGCCCGGGCGGAGCGGGGAGGCCUGAAGAGCGAAAGCUUCCACCCUUCUCAGGAAGCUAAGACCCCAGAGGCUGAAAUUUCACCCAGACCCAGGAGAGCCAGAGUCCAGAGAAUCCCCCUGGUCUCUGCCCAUCAAUCCCAAAGACACUCACAAAGACUUUUGGGGGUCAUGGCAGCUGCUCCACUUCCAACUUUCAGAUCCUGCUCACUUUCCUCUUUCUGCCAUCUCCAGCCUGGGACCAAGCAGGGGAAAGCGGCUCCAGCCCAGCUUGACCCCCCUGCAGACGGAGACCUGUGCACCUGGUUGUGA